GUGGCUUCGGCGCUGAGUAGAAGCCUCCCUCUUCUUCCCCCUCACGCAUGCGCGUUUGCGUCAGAGAGAGAUUGAGAGAGCGACGGUGGCGCGUCCGAUCUGGUUCCCGCCAUCUGCCUUUUCCUCCACUGAGGCCUCGGAGGAGGAGGAGGGCGCCGCUGCUGCCUCGGGAGGCAGACGGAGCAGAAGGUUUUUUGUUUUAAAUCAGACUUCAUUAUUUUCAUAAAUUAUUUGUAUGAAAAUAUGACUCCGCAGAAGUUAUGUGGAUCUAUUCGCAUGCGCAGCAUGCAGACUGGGACUACAAAAUGGAAAGAAGGGACAUUUGAAGUAGUGGAUAAGGACAGCAAAGUGACUUUGGUGGUUCACUACAAUGCUGGAGGAAUUCCAAAGAUAUUUCAGCUAAACCAUAAUAUUAAAAAUGUGGUUGUGCGACCAAGUAAAGGGAAACUAUGUUGCCUGAUGAUAACACUAAAGGAUUCCAGUUUCCUUACUGUGGACAAAAUACUGUCAAAAGAUGCAGAUGAAAUGAAGAUAUAUUUGGAGGGGGUUCAAAACAAGACUCAUGCAGCUGUGAAGACAUCCCAGGGUUCUGGCAGUUUUGGUGGUGUUCUGGGCAACAGAACCACACAGAAAGAUUCUAACAGGCAAUUCCCAUACAUAGAAAACCAGACUCCUUCCAAAAGAGGGAUUGCUGAAAGUAAAGAUGAAGUACAUAUUCGUAAAGUGCUGGGCACCCCGGGAAGAGCAUCAAUUAAGAAUCCUUCAGUAACUGGAAUGUCUGGUAACAGAGUUAAUGGUUCAACCUCUCCUGCUACAUCAACACCUCACAGAACAGGGUUGUUGGAAAAUCGUGAAAGGAGAAAAAGGGCACCAUCUACUGCAGAGAUGAAUGAAGAUUAUCCUAAAGAGAAUGAUUCAUCAACCAAUAACAAAGCUAUGACUGAUCCGGCACGGAAAUUCUUACAUAGCAGCAGAGAAAAGCAACUGAACUUAAAACAGACUGAGGAGAACAGGCCAUCAGGGGUUUUGCCUUUACAGUCAUCUUCAUUUUAUGGUAGCAGAUCUUCAUCAAAGGAUUAUUCAGCUAGUAAUUCCAGUUUGGACAGGUCUAAUGUCUUGAAUCAGACUUCUUCUGCCAAAAGAAGCUUGGGGUUUCUCUCCCAGCCAGCUCCCCUCUGUGUUAAAAAAAUGAGAUCUAAUCAAGAUUACAUGGGAUGGAACAAACCACGAGUUCCUCUUUCCACUCACCCACAACAGCAAUUGCAAGGAUUUACAAAUUUAGGAAAUACCUGUUACAUGAACGCUAUUUUACAAUCUCUAUUUUCAAUUCAGUCAUUUGUUAAUGAUAUUUUGAAGCAGAAUAUCAUAUUGAAGAAAGUUCCAUUCAAUGCACUCAUCAGACGUUUUACCCUGCUUCUUGCUAAAAAAGAUGUCUGUGGCCCUGAGGGAAAGAAAGAGCUACUGAAGAAAGUGAAAAAUGCAAUUUCAGCUACUGCAGAAAGAUUCUCUGGUUAUAUGCAAAAUGAUGCACAUGAAUUCUUAAGCCAGUGCUUAGAUCAGUUGAAAGAAGACAUGGAGAAACUGAACAAAACUUUAAAGAAUGAGCCCAUUUCUGGUGAAGAUAGUUCUUUAGGACGUGUAUCUGAUGACUCAACAGCUACCAGAGCUUUUAAUUGUCCAGUUAUUGCAAAUUUAGAGUUUGAGGUUCAGCAUUCUAUCACAUGUAAAAUGUGUAGUGAGACGGUCAUUAAACGGGAACAGUUUAAUGAUCUUUCUAUUGACUUGCCACGAAGGAAAAAACGUCUUCCGUCUCGAUCCAUACAAGAUUCCUUGGAUCUCUUUUUCAGGGCAGAGGAAAUAGAAUAUUCAUGUGAGAAAUGCAAUGGAAAAUCUGCUUUUGUUACACACAAAUUCAGUCGGCUUCCCAGGGUAUUAAUUCUUCAUCUGAAACGGUACAGCUUCAAUGUGGCACUCUCCCUCAAUCACAAAGUUGGACAGCAAGUCGUUAUACCAAAGUUUUUAACCCUUCAGUCUCACUGUACAGAAAGCACAAGACCUCCACUUAAUCUGGGGUGGAGUGCACAAUCAACCAUUUCUCGACCAUUGAAAGUGUCUCAGAUGGUGAAUUCCUGUUCUGUUAGCACUUCCACGCCCUGUCGAAAAUAUUCAUUCAAAUUUAAAGGCCCCAUCCUAAACACUGUGGAUUCAGACAGUGAAGAUGAACAAUUGAAACGUCCUCUUUCAAGCAGUCCCAAACAAUAUGAUUUCCAAACUAGGGAACAGCAGCAGGAGGAGCCAGAGAAGAGUUCUAAGAGAGUUAGAACAGAAAGUGACAAGGCACCAGAAUCAACAAAUGCUGGCUUUGAUGGGAUGAAUCAGGAUGAGCUACUAGCAGCUGUCGUGGAAAUGAGUAAGAGGGAAACAUCAUUGUCAUUGAGCCAUGAUGAAGACAAACCCACAAAUAGUCCUGACACUGGCUUUGGAGAUGAUGAGUUGCAGGACUUGCCAGAUAAUAUGGAACCUAUGGAUGUGGAGAAACCCAGAGUGUCCACAGAGUCAGGUUUUUCCACCUUUACUGAGAUAAUUAAAGAUUUUGAUGAAAAUAAGGAAAACAAAACUCCAGAAGGCACUCAAGGGGAGGUUGAUUGGAUGCAGCAGUAUGACAUGGAGCGUGAGAGAGAGGAACAGGAACUGCAACAGGCUUUGGCUCAAAGUCUCCAAGAGCAAGAGGCACGCGAACAAAAAGAAGAUGAUGACCUUAAACGAGCCACUGAAUUAAGUCUGCAAGAAUUUAACAGCUCUCUUCUGGACAGUCUGGGCUCUGAUGAAGACUCCGGGAAUGAGGAUUUUCUAGAUAUGGAGUACACAGAAGCAGAAGCUGAGGAACUGAAAAGAAAUGCUGAGACAGGAGAGCUUCCUAAUUCGUAUCGUCUCAUUAGUGUUGUCAGCCAUAUUGGAGACACAUCAUCUUCAGGUCACUAUAUUAGUGAUGUAUAUGACAUUCGUAAGCAGGCAUGGUUCACGUACAAUGACUUGGAAGUAUCCAGAACUCAGGAGGCCUCUGUACAGAGUGAUAGAGACCGGAGUGGCUACAUCUUCUUUUAUAUGCACAAGGACAUUUUUGAUGAGUUGCUAGAAGGGGAAAAGAAUGUGCCUUGCAUGGAUGUGGGAAAGCCAGUUCGACAGCCCCUGUGAAGAACAUCUUUUCCUGAGCACAAAGGAUGCUGAACUUUUAUCUGAUGUGCAGGAGCCACAGACCUUCAAGAACUCAGGGCACGAUUGAGACAAAUCCCUUGGAUUGGAAGAAUGGACCAUUGACUUCAUCCAUGCAGUUAAACAUCUUCGACCCAGAGUUCUCUUCCUUUUCUGGUUAUGAUAUUCAAGAAAUUAUUUUGCCAGCUACAAGAUGAAUAUAGCUCCUUCAGAAAUUCAUCAAAGGAUAGUAUGAGAGGUGACUGUUAGUUCACCCAUUUGGCUAUUAUAGGGAAAUUGAGAAGACUCAUUUUGGAAACUUUCCCCAACAUGAACAAAAAUAAGCAAUAGUUUGUAGCCUGGCAUAUAUUCAAAAUAUUUGCUGAAAACUACUUACAGCUAGGCAGCUAAGUGGAGUUACCUGGAAUUGUGAAUGGAUGAUUUGGGGCACUUACCAUUUAUACUCCAGGAUCAAAAUGAUCCAAAAAACCUGGUGCUCUGGAACCUGUUGCGUAUGUCAUCUUUACAAGUUCACUUUCUUCCUUGUUUAAUAAUAAUAAUAAUAUAUGUAUAUUUUAUCUUUAAAAGUUUUUAUUCUUUUUGACUGCAUUCUUUUUUAUGUACUGCCAUUUGCAGGACAAUUUUUUUCUUUGUGAGUGUGUGUGGAUGUCAAUCUGUAUCUAUUUGCUGUGUCUCACUGAAAACUCUUCCAGUUGGGCUGUGAGAGAGGCAGCUAACAGUGACAAUUCAGGUCUAGCCUUUCUUUGGCAGGCCCUUUUCAAGCAGUGUCCAGCCAGUGCUAAUCAGUAAAAGAAGCAUGAACAAUACUUAUUCUGCUUUCCUUGUAAUUGCAUCAACCUUCAGGCCUGGAAAAACUAUCCAUGCUUGAAGGGAGAUGUCUUUCCCAACUUCACUACACUAUUGAGCAAGACUCAUAUGCUGACAUAUAUUUGGCUUUGACCAAAUAUAUUUGGUUUUGUUCCAGUUAUGUAUUAAGUGUGGUUCAAUCAAAUGAAACUACUUUCCUCUGCAAAACUCCCGAACAUGUUAUGAAUUGUUUACUAAACAUUUUUUGGCAGAAA